UUUUUUUUUUUUUUUCUUGUGUGAUGAUUAUGGAAUUAUUGUAUGUUUGUUCUUAUAUGAUCAUCUUAAAUUUAUUUAUUUCUUCCUUAAUAAAGUUUUCAUCUUUCAAUAAUGUAUUUUGUGCUUUACUAGCUUUCAAUUAUCAUGAAAUUAUUAUGCAACUAUUUAAAGAACUUUUGUUGGAAAAAUUAAACAUGCAAAAAAAAUUAUAACAAGAAAGGUCAAAAUUUUUAUUCAUGAUUGAAAUUUUUGGAGGCUUUAUUUGCAUCUUUAAUCCAUGAUUCUUGCCAACUGCCAAGCGAAAGGCGAAUCGAUUUUGAUCGAAUAAAGUUGAUGAAUUCAAGAAGUUGUUCAGGAUCAAUUGUUUCCCACAAACAGGGAAACAAAAACAGUUUCUUUUUCUGGGUUUUAGUUUGCUCACUUCCAAGUUUUUUGGGCACUCUAAUUCCAUUCCUUAGCUUCAGUUUCGACUAAUUCAAUCGAAAAAAAACCAAACAAUCCCUUGAAUAAAAGCCCUUGUAUCACAAUUUUAACCCAAAAAAGAGAUGGUGAUUGUAGCAUCAGAUUGUGUUGGUAUUCAUAAUUUUGCUGAUGUUUUUGGUCCAAUACCACCAACACAACCUUCAAUUGAUCCUUACCUAUGCUGCGAUUUCAAGGAUUUGUCGAUUUACCCUACGAAAAGAAAUGGAAUUCAUGAAAUCCCAUCUUUGGAUGAUCUUCAUGAAGAGUGUAUUAUUGGGGUUGAUGAUUUUGAAGUGCUUAAAGUUGUGGGCAAGGGUGCGUUUGGGAAAGUUUAUCAAGUUCGGAAGAGGGGAGUAUCUAAUGAGAUUUAUGCAAUGAAGGUGAUUCGAAAGGACAAGAUUAUUGAGAAGAAUCAUGUUGAAUAUAUCAAAUAUGAGAGGGAGAUACUUAAGAAAGUUGAUCAUCCCUUUAUUAUUAAGCUUAUUUACUCAUUUCAGACCAAGUAUCGGUUGUAUUUUGUGCUAGAUUUUGUUAAUGGAGGCCAAUUGUUCUUUCAACUCAUUCAACAUGGCUUAUUCAGGGAGGAUUUAGGUCGAGUUUAUGCAGCAGAGAUAGUCUCUGCAGUUACUUACUUACAUGAUAACGGCAUCAUGCACCGCGAUCUUAAGCCAGAAAACAUUCUUUUAGACGCUGAUGGCCAUAUAAUGUUGACUGACUUUGGUCUAGCAAAACAAUUUGAUGAUACUACAAGAUGUAAUUCUAUGUGUGGAACAACAGAGUAUAUGGCACCUGAAAUCAUUCUUGGUGAAGGCCAUAACAAGGCUGCAGAUUGGUGGAGUGUUGGAAUUCUCUUAUAUGAGAUGCUCACUGGAGAGCUACCUUUCAGAGGGGGUAACAGGUACAAAUUGCAGCAGAAAAUACUCAAAGACAAGAUCAAGUUACCAACUUUUUUAUCAAGUGAAGCACAUUCUCUAAUAAAAGGGCUGCUACAGAAAGACCCGAGCAAGAGGCUGGGAAGUGGGUCGAAAGGCGAAAACGAGAUAAGAAGCCAUAGAUGGUUCAAGUGCAUCAACUGGAAGAAGUUGGAAAACAGAGAAAUUCAACCAAGUUUUAAACCAGUUGUUGGCGGGAAAGAAUGUGUUGCUAAUAUAUCAGAUGAAUGGACCAAAAUGCCCUUGGUGGAUUCUCCAGCUACUAGUCCAAGGUCUGGGGAGCAGAAUGAUAAUUUCAAGGAUUUUGAUAGUGUUGUAUGAGGUCACUUGAUACAGAGUUUAAUAAGGAGAAAUGUCUUAAAUGUAUAUAUGGCUUCUUAUAAUAAAAAUGCUCCAUUUGCAUAGAA